AUGUCCUUAGCAAUGUUAAUUUUGUAGUCCAGGGGGGAACAUGUUCAUAAUGCAAAAAGAUUUUAUAUUUCGAUUAAUAAAGUUAAAAAUGUGAGCCUUGUAAUAAUAAAUAAAAUAAUUGUUAUGCUUGCACAAAAGAUGCUUGCAUCGAAUGUCUUCCUGGUUUUGAAUUAGAUAGUGCUUCAGGAUUAUGUACUUAAAUACCUUAAAUUGACGAAAAAAAAUGUUUCGAAAACUGUAAAUCAUGUAAAUUAGCUGGAAUAUGCUCUUAAUGCUUAAAAACUUUUUAUUUCGAAUAAUAAUAAAAGUAAGAAUGUGAAAUUUGUAAAAAUAAACUAUUUCAUUUUCAUACUUGCAUUGAAUGUCAUCCUGGAUAUAAAUUAAAUAUGUUUAGAACAUCAUGUAAUUUAGUACCUAAAGAUGAUGAAUAAAAUGAAAUAUAAUGUCCUUAAGAUUGUAAAUAAUGUAAUUAAGUUGGAGUAUGCACUUAAUGUUAAAAAGGUUAUUAUUUACAUUAAUAAAAUUAAUAAUGUUUACUUUGUUUUAUGAAAUUUAAUAAUUGUUUAUAUUGUAAUGAAGAUUUUUGCACCGAAUGUAUAACUGGAUAGUAAUUAGAUGUUAAUACAAGAUUAUGUAAAUUAUUACCUGAUGAAUAAAAUUAAAUAUAAUGUCGUUAAUAAUGUUAAUAAUGUAAUUUAUAUGGAAUAUGCACUUAAUGUAAUUAAGGAUAUAUUUUACAUUAAUAAAAAUAAUAAUGUCUUUCUUGUCUAAAAAAAUUUGCUAAUUGUUUAAAUUGUAAUGAAAAUGUUUGCACCAAAUGUCUACCUGAAUUUUAAUUAGAAAGUAAUGCAGAAUCAUGUACUUUAAUAGCUAAAGGUGAUGGAUAAAAUAACACAUAAUGUAC